CUCAGUCUUAAGGUGUGGUAACUUCAGGAAUUCAUCCUUCCACAUUUGUCCAAUUCAUAUGAUUCAAAUGCAUGGCCGCGAGACAGAUGGAAGGAGAGCAGAGCCCGCCAGCCAGGAACUAUGGCCGUUGCAUUGUGGGCUGCAUUUUUGCUCUUUAUCGGUCACUCCUUCCAACUUGGUAAGUCUUUGAUUCCUUAAGUUGGUGAAGAAAAGUUGACUAGCUGUUCAUGGCUCCUAGUGCCUGCACCAGGGAUGGGGAACUUGGGGACUCCUCUGGAAGUUGUGGGACUCCACCAGCCUCCCAGUUAGGAUGAAGGAUGAUGGGAGUGGUAGCCCAACAGCAUCUGAAUGGCCAUAGCUGCGCCCACCCCCAUUUCUGGCAAAGAAAUAAUGUGUCCUGAGGACCUUUUAUCUAUUUGUAGAUAAAGGUCCUUCCAGGGUUUUGCGGGGGGCGGGGAUAUAAGCUGAGAAGGAAAUCGUGUUUUCCAAUAAAUUCAUGCAUGCAAGCACAGGAAUAUGUUGCUUUGAUAACAUCAAGCAAAAACUGGCAAAAGGCAAAAGGUCAGCCUAGAUGAAGUGAUGCAAUUAGGUAAUUUUAUGUUCUGGAUUUAAGAUAAUUAUGAGAGAAUAAUGGAAUAUAUGUGCGUCAAUUAAUUUUAGAUGACCAUGUCUAUUACUUAUAUCAAAGUGUGAUAAGCAAGAACUAUUGAGUUCUGGGGUCCUUAUUCUGCUGAGAGAACCGUGGGUGUCUGCCCCCAAAGCCCUGACCUGCCCACACACUGGUGAGGUGUUAAUGAGGACGUAUUGGUUCACACAGAUCACAGAAACCUCGUUUGAUUUGUGCAGCAUUCUAGAUCAUCGUGAUUACCAGGACCCAGAAUUACAAGGCAUUAGGAAGUUGUGCUAUAUAUGCAGACAUUUCUGAGUAUUGCAACACAAAUUCUGACCUUGGAUAAGUCAAGGAAGUGUCCUGCCCUAUCAUUGGUUUAAGCUGAUGGCUGUCAACUGAAAUGAUCAGCUGAUAUUUCCUCAAAGGAGAGGGUAAGGCAGGGGUCAGCAAACUUUUUCAGCAGGGGGGCGGUCCACUGUCCCUCAGACCUUGUGGGGGGCUGGACUAUAUUUUGAGGGGGGGGGGGGAAAUGAAUGAAUUUGUAUGCCCCACAAAUAACCCAGAUAUGCAUUUUAAAUAAAAGGGCACAUUCUACUCAUGUAAAAACACGCCGAUUCCCGGACCGUCUGCGGGCUGGAUUAAGAAGCCAAUUGGGCCGGAUCCGGCCCCUGGCCCUUAGUUUGCCUACCCAUGGCGUAAGGGAAGGGCUAGGGGGUGUCUUCCUGAAAAGGCAAUCUACCUGUAAAUUGUGGAGCUAGAGGUGGCCAGGAAGGAGGGCGGCAGAAAAGAAAGCAGUUCUACUUAGUACAGAGGCAGCCACAGUCAGAGGUGAAAUGUGUCAGGAAAUUAGAGAAUCAGGUCAAUGCAAAGAAAAGUUGAAAGCAUCAGGAUACCUUUAGCUAACUGAGGAUUCCCUCUGUUCCAAUCUCCCAAUCUCCCAAAACUGGUUUCCUCAAGCCCCUAUACUUUCAGACCCCAUUCUUUCAGGUGAAUCCAUAUGCAUUUAGGAAAUGUUACCUUCAGGUACACAGAAAAAACUCUGCACUGUUGCUUUAAGAGCCACCUAACCUGUAGAACUGGAUUUUUAGAGCUCCACCAGGAAGCUGUGCAGAGCUUUGCUUAAUAAAGCUGUUACUUUAACCAUCGGCUGUGUGGAGCAACCACCACCACUACCACUACUACUACUACUAUUAUUAUUAUUCAUUUGUUCCCCACCAGUCACUCUGGGCGGCUUCCAGCAUAUGUCAAAACAUAGUACAGUGGUGCCUCGCAAGAUGAAAAGAAUCCGUUCCGCGAGUCUCUUCGUCUUGCGGGUUUUUUCGUCUUGCGAAGCAAGCCCAUUAGCAGUUUAGCGGAUUAGUGCUACAGUAUUAGCGGCUUAGCAGGCUUAGUGGAUCAGCUGAUAGGCGGCUUAGGAUCAGCUGAUAAGCGGCAGGAUCAGCUGAUGGCGGCAACGAUAAGCUGAUAAGCGGCUUAACGAUCAGCUGAUAAGCGGCUUACCAUCAGCUGUUAAGCGGCUUAGCCAUCAGCUGAUAAGCGGUUUAGCGGCUUGGGAAAAAGGGAAAAAGGAAAAAAACCCUGCAGGAACUCGCAAGACAUUUUCGUCUUGCGAAGCAAGCACAUAGGAAAUUCGUUUUGCGAAGCACCUCCAAAACGGAAAACCCUUUCGUCUAGCGGGUUUUCCGUCUUGCGAGGCAUUCGUCUUGCGGGGCACCACUGUAAACAUUAAACCUUAAAAAAGCUUGCCUAUACAGGACUGCAUUCAGAUGUCUCCUAACAGAUAUCUGUUCAACAGACAAUACACAGCAUACAUCUGCAGCCUGUAUAACGGGUGGGGAAUUGGCCCAUUUGGGUGGGGCUGCCCACUUGUAACUCAUCUGACAUCCGGUGAUUCAAAGUUCCUCUGCAGUCCUGCUACUUAUUUGGUAGAUUUUUGAAGAAGAUCUUCUGCAUUCUGGUAUGAGUUCAAGCCAGAUCUGCAAACCACAGGGUGGGUGAGAUGCUAGAUUCAGUUUGCAUUUAAAGGUGACCUUACCCAAUCUGCUCUUUCUAAAACACAGCCGUGAUUCAAAAUUCAUACUUCUGUGAAUUUUGCAACACAGUUCUCCGGCCAAGUUAUUGGUACAAAAAUGUGUAUGUUUCGGUAAAAUUAGCAAAUGCAACUUACAAACAUGCAUCGUAUUAGAGAAAAUAGCAUUGUAAUCACAUUAUGUUAGGCUACAUUGCCUAGAAGAAUGCUAAUGAAUUUUCAUGAGGACUUUUUUUUAAAAGAAGCAAAAUGCAAAUUGCUAUAGAAAUGUGGAGAACUUAACUAAAUACUGGGGGGGGGGGGGGGGAUGAGAAAUGUAGAGAAGCCAAAACCCAUCCCAACCAUCUCAUUCUGCAUCUGGGCCAGGCUUGAAUCCAGCCUUUCCCAUCCCCUGAAUUCUAAUUAAAUACAGUAUUCAUCAGGACCUAUCCUUUUCAGGUGAAAGUAGGAUAUUUGGAGAGCUCUUUCCUUCCAGAGUUCUUGAUUUGUUCACUUCCCCCUUCUCAUUCAUUCUAAGGAAUCCUGCUUCCUCCACAAAACGUGAAACUAAUUUCGAAGAACUUCUACACUUCCUUGACAUGGCACCAGUCUCCAAACGCGACCAACAGCACUCAGUAUGAGGUGGAGAAAAGUAAUGGGUAUGCUGACAUUUUCUUUUCCAAGAACUACCUCUUUUGAACUUAUACUGAACCAGACAAUCAGUCCACCUAGCAAAGCAUUGUCAACACUGAGGGUCAAACUUGCCAAGAGGUUAACUGUGUGAGUGUAACUAAUGUUCCUGGUUUUUGUUAUUUGUGCAGCAGUUGUAGGACUGUGGAAUGAUGGGGAGGGUAAGUUUCAGUCUAUCCACCCACACUCCCAGUGCCACAGUACUGACCAAAAUCACCGCUUGAAAAUUAUUUAGAUUUCAAGGAAGGUCUCUAUGGGUGUUAAGAGCACUUUCUCUUGAUGUGUUUUCUGGGGGUGGGGGUGGUGCAUAAGUGACAAAGGAAAGGGGCUUUUCAGUUGUGGCUCCCCCAUCUGUGCCACUCUCUUUUCAGAGGCCUUCAGGUAAAAACAUACUUUUCCUUUCAGGCUUUUGAUUGGACUACAGUGAUGUUGCUUGCUUUUAGCUAGGUUGCCAAUGUUUUCUGCUGCUCUUAUUUCUUGUUGCUCCUUGUCCAUUUUUUUUUUAAUGAAUAACAUAUGUUUUCAUGUAAAUGUGUUUUUUCUACAAUGUGUUUUAGUUGUUUAUGCUUAUGGUCUUAAAUAUGUUGCAAGCCUUUUGGAUGCCUUUGUGCGUAACAAGAAAUGAUCAUGUUCAAUAAAUAACAACAACAACAGGGGGUAAAUCAGUGCUCCAGGUAUGGAGGUACACCAUUGGCUCCAUCCUGGCCACAGUCUUCCUGAAAGCAGUAUCAUUUUGAUCAUGACUGAAAUAAUGAACGAGAGAUUAACUUUCAGGGAAAGCCCUGGCCCAAGCCAUGUUGCCGCUAGAGGCAAAACCCCAGAUGGCAACCCCUGUGACCUAGCCCUCAGCACCUUCUAGUGGCCAGCACUUGGCCCUGCCGGGUGCUCACUGUUGCUGGGUGCUUGCUCUUUGCUGCUCCUCAACCCCACCGCUGGCACACUCAUGGAUGGUAGCAGCAAACCUAUACUUACACCUGGGCUGCCCCAAAGAGGGCAAGCGAGAAGAAGGGGUGAGCAGAGGAUCCUGCCACAGCCUCCCAUAAGCCUGCCACUGCAGCUGCCAGAGUUGAGGAGCAGGAGGCAGCAAACACCCAGCAGAGGGUAGCACUCUGCAGCAGCUUUGGGGGCAGCAGCUCCACCUGCGAGGCGGAAGGCAUGAUGGUGUGGGGGUAGGAGGUGCAGCCCCCCGAUGAGCCUCUUGCUUGUCUUGCCACUUUGGGCAGUGGUGACUCUUCCUCCUCUCAGGGUGCUGCCCUUCACAGACGGGCUGGUUGUGGGUAGGGUGGAACAAAUGCUAAGACAAGAGAUGUCAUGGUACUAUUGUAUCUUCUGCUUCUAAGUAACAGAUCUUAUCCUGACUGGAUCAAAGAGCCAUCCUGCAGAAGAAGGAAUCUCAGAGGAAACCAAAGCUGCCAGCUUCAUCUGUCAGAUGUUUUCAGUUUUUACCAAGCCAGGGUGAGAGCCCAGGAUGGAGGCAGGUUGUCAGAAUGGACCUAUUCAGAUUGGCUGCAGCCAUACAAAGACAGUAAGGAAACUUUUUCUGUUGAAGACUUGAAUUGGGUUAGGUGACCAUGCGUGUACUACUUUGCAGAAGAAAGGCAGCUCCUUCUGAAGGGAUGUCCUGUCCAUCUCUGGUUUAAAACAUAAUGUAAUGUAAACAUGGAUUUAAUGUAGCACGUCGUCUAGCCCUGACAUUCAGAAGAAAGCGCAGAGAUUAAAAGUGCUGACGAUGGUGAGAUUUGAGUUGCUUGUUCUGCCUGGCGCACUGAAAGGUGAAAGGGAACCUGCCAAAUGUAUCUCCUUCUUUUCCUCUCUCUUCACAGCUGUUGUUGGCCCCCUCAUUCUCUCUCUGGCUGCUGAAGAUCAUAAUGUUACGGUAUCCGUCUCUAUGCCCCAGAUCCUACUGGAGGAAAAUGACUCAUUGGAUUUCACAUCCCUUCUAAAGAUCCUGAUCAUCCUCAGUAGUGAAGGGGAAGAUUUCCGGACUGCAACGUUGUGUGAACAUGAACGGAACAGCUGUUGGGUUUGUUGUUGUUGAACAAGACUCUCCCUUUCCUUGAUGCCCAUUUCCUUGAACCAGGCAGAUUGUAUUGAAUGGGUUCACACAGGGGUGGAGAACCUCAGGGCCAGAGGCUGAAGGCAUCCUUCCUUGGCCCUUGAAACUCUGUCCUGGCCACCCUACUCAUUGUCCUUGCUUCGCAUGCCAAGUGUUUUUGCCUGGCUGGAAUGUUCCCCUUAACAUCGAUAAUAUUUCUUGCUUGCCUAGAUGGAAGAUAGUAGAAACUAGCCUAUUGUACAAAAGGGGAAGUUGUGUUUGUUGGUCCACCCACUUUUGCCCUGGCCCCACCCAGCACUGGCAUAUGGCCCAGAAAGUGCUACAAUUCUGAAUUGUUUAAUGGUUAAUCCAUCUUUGUAGGGGCCUCUGGGAAUUGUAGCUGUGAGAGGAAUAGGUGGUGUCCUAGCAACUCCCAGCACCCUUAGAAAACUGAAAUUCCCAAGAUACUUUAGGAGAAGCCAUGACUGUUUAAAGUGGCAUGAAACUGCUUUAAAUAUAUAGUGCAGAUGGAUCUUAGUGGAACUUACUUCUGAGAAGAGCUGCAUAGGACUACAGUGCAACUGGGUUUUCUUUCUUUCCUUUUUGUAGAGGCUAGAUUUGGACCAGGGAUUUCCUGAUCCACAACUCAGUUUCUUAGCCAUUAGGCCACAGCAGAAAUAUCUAAUUGUGGUUUUCACUGACCUUCCUCAACAUGAAUGACCACCAGAUCCAAUUGGAGUACUGCUCCUGCCAUCCCUGGCAACUGGCAAUGUUGGCUGAGGCUGAUGGGAGUUGUAGUCCAACAUCUGGAGAGUACUAAGUUGGAGAAAACCUGUUUGCCUACAGCCUUAUCUAAAGGCUUCCAGUUUAAAAACUGACCUUAAAAGUGACGCUAGCCUUUUGUUGUUUCUAAGAGCAUGGAACUGCUUUGACACCCUAUGUGUCUUCUUUCCCAAGAUGGAUAGCAAACAAAGAAGAAUAAAUGUAACAAAAUACACCUUUAACAAUGUGAAGCCAAAUACCAAUUAUUGCGUCAAAGCAGAAGUUUCCAACCAGCCAACCAGGCAAGCUGUGCGGUGUAUUAAAACGCCAGCUAGCUCAACAGGUAAGAGACAAAGAGGCUUCACCCCCACUCACUUUGGACUGGGGUAAUCUACCUAAUCUUUGCUGUGUUUGUGUACCACCCCAAUAUCUUAAUGUGCGAGAGACUCCAGGGGUGCCUGUGCUUACCCAGGGUUCAGUUUCCUAGGAAUAAAGGACAGCAGAGACUGUGCUGUCUUUAGAAGAUGUGGUUUUAUGUGGCGGCUAACAGAUUGAGGUUGAAUCCUGACAAGACAGAAGUACUGUUUUUGGGGGACAGGAGGCGAGCAGGUGUGGAGGACUCCCUGGUCCUGAAUGGGGUAACUGUGCCCCUGAAGGACCAGGUGUGCAGCCUGGGAGUCAUUUUGGACUCACAGCUGUCCAUGGAGGCGCAGGUCAAUUCUGUGUCCAGGGCAGCUGUUUACCAGCUCCAUCUGGUAUGCAGGCUGAGACCCUACCUGCCCACAGAAUGUCUCGCCAGAGUGGUGCAUGCUCUAGUUAUCUCUCACUUGGAUUACUGCAAUGUGCUCUAUGUGGGGCUACCUUUGAAGGUGACCCAGAAACUACAACUAAUCCAGAAUGCGGCAGCUAGACUGGUGACUGGGAGUGGCCACUGAGACCACAUAACACCGGUCUUGAAAGAUCUACAUUGGCUCCCAGUACAUUUCCAAGAACAAUUCAAAGUGUUGGUGCUGACCUUUAAAGCCCUAAACGGCCUUGGUCCAGUAUACCUGAAGCAGCAUCUCCACCCCCAUCAUUCUGCCUGGACACUGAGGUCCAGCGCUGAGGGCCUUCUGGCGGUUCCCUCACCUCGAGAAGCCAAGUUACAGGGAACCAGGCAGAGGGCCUUCUUGGUAGUGGCACCCGACCUGUGGAACGCCUUCCCACCUGAUGUCAAAGAGAAAAACAACUAGCAGACUUUUAGAAGACAUUUGAAGGCAGCCCUCUUCAGGGAAGAUUUUAAUAUUUAACAGACCAUUGUAUUUUAAUAUUUGUUGGAAGCCACCCAAAGUGGCUGGGGAAACCCAGCCAGAUGGGUGGGGUAUAAAUUAUAAAUUAUGAAUAAUAAUAAUAAUAAUAAUAAUAAUAAUAAUAAUAGUUUUGGCUUUAUGCGCAAUCCCUGGAACAUAAUCCCUGCGUAAGUUGAGAGUCACCUGUAUACUGAAAAUAUAAAAGUGGGAUGGCUGUCUCCUCCACUCCUCUAAAUAUGGACUAAAUUAAGAUUUCAAUAUCAAGGCCGUCAGGAUUAGCUAUGCAAAGGUUAAACUGCAAUGGACCUACUUAUUCCCCGGGAAAAGCCCUCAUUCACAAUCCUGAUACAAUGGUACUUCGGUUUACAAACUUAAUCCGUUCCAGAACUCCGUUCUUAAACUGAAACCGUUCUUAAACUGAGGUGUGCUUUCCCUAAUGAGGCCUCCCUCCGCCGGUGCCCUUCCACCAUUUGGAUUCUUAGACUGAGGUAAAGUUCGCAAACCGGGACACUACUUUCAGUUUUGCGGAGUUUGUAAACUGAAUCGUUCAUAAACAGGACUGUUCUUAAACCGAGGUACCACUGUAGAAUAGAAUGAUGUUAAUUGAAGAAAGGUUAUUUUUUCUCCCAACUUUUCUUACCCCAUUUCAGGUGACUACUGGACCCUUUCUGUUAUAGUGUUGGCCUCUGUUUUUGGACUCAUCCUGUUGAGCGGGGUUGGAAAGACUUUCCUUAAGCAGUACAUGCAACUGAGCACCUCAGAAAUGGAUCUACCCAAAUCCCUGGUGAGUAGCAGUUGUUUGCUUCAGCUUGGCACAAAUAUCAACAGAUCUGCAUCCUUUUUUGAUAGAAUGUAUGCUUUGAGCCAACUCUCUUGUGGACACAUACAGCCGCGGUUGUUGUUGUUGACAGGGAUCCAAGGCAGUUUACAGAUAAAAAUAAGAACAGCUAAAAACAUAGAAAAAAUAACAAUUAAAAACAAUUAAACGUGUGUGUGUGUGUAUGUGUGUGUGUGUGUGUGUGUAGAAGCUGUCAGUUCCCCCAAGCCUGUUGGAACAGGCUAUUAUUCUUACCUGUAUCGUCCUUGGACAUCAGUGUUUUGUAUACCCUACAAUUUUAAACCAGUUGCCACCUGUGAAAGUCUCAAUCAACAUUUGCAGCAAAGUGAGUUGGUAGUGAGGAGAAGAAUCCUGAAGUGAUAGGAUGAACUGUGUCAUUUCAGACUGCAGGUGGAAGAAAUUGCAGUCUUGAAUGCUCCCCUCUGGGUGGGUGGGUGGAAUCCCCUUGCAAGAAGACCUCUAGAAUAGCAAGAAGCAAGCUGGAAUAGAAGCUUUUUCACUGAUGCUUUUAUUAAUAGGCAAUGUUUAAAAAAUAAUGGGGGAACCUUAAUAUUGUGGAGCAGCAGAUUGAAAAAAAACAGAACAAGCAGUGUGCCAGGCAUGGGAAGGCUCGGACAUAUAAGAGAGCCUUCACCUGGCACCUGAACAACUGGAGAGAGUAUUCCACAAAUGAGAGAAGCCCCUCUCUAUCUAGUCACCACCUGUCUUGCCUUUGAAGAGAAGGACCUCUGAUGGACCUCUGAUGGACCUAUUUCUGCCCAUGAAAUUUUAUGCGGUAGUAUACUGCCCUGUUGAAUUUCUUCCUGGUUUACAUAGGAGCAACAAUCUGUUCAUUUGUCCACAGGUUUUUCUGAACAGGAAUUCAUCUGCUCUGAUACCUGCACUUCACUUGGAAGCUGAUUCCGUAGUCUUCAUCUCAACUACUGUGCAGCUGCCCUUGGAAGAAGGUCUGCCAGCAGAGCAGGAAAACCCCCAGUUCCAACUGAUUCCAGGCAGUUUAGGUGCUCAGGGAUCAAGUGACUAUUGUCCAAAUGGUUUUGAUAAGGGCAAUGAGGACCCCUCUUGCUUGUCAGUUGCUGUUGUAGACUCCCUCUCAUCAGGAGGGCUGGUGAGGGAAGAUUAUUCAGCUGAUGAGGACUACAGAAGUGCUCUGGAGCUCUUGGAAUCUUCUGAACACCCAUCACCAUCACCAGGAGAAUUUCAUUUUGGUGGCUUGGAGAAAGUCUCUUGGGAAUGCAGAACUAGCUAUAAAAGUGGCCAAGUGAGAUGGCUGCCUUCAUCUGGGGCUGAUAUUCCCCUCAGCUCUUUGAAGUUGCAGGCUCAUCUAGACACACAAGGCCUUGUGUACAGUCCAGGACCUUUUGAUCUAGUGAAAGGCUGCAAUACCUACCCAGAGGCCCCAGCCAAGCAGGUCGCUGAGUUACAGGUGUACCGGGAUCAGAGCAGUUUCUUAGAAGAUGCGGAGCUUCGUAGCAGCUCCAGCCUGGAAGCCAAAGACACAAUGGCAAUGAGUUUCCCUGGCUAUGAACUUCACCCACCCAUCCUUUUCUGUGGACCAUAGUUUUUUGAUGUGUCAAAUAAGCAACUGGGAAAUGCAGAAACCCCAGCUGCUGUCUCACCUUGCAGGAGAAGGUGGGAGCUGAAGAAGAAAGAGAGAGGUCUGUCCUGACGGGUCUUCAAAAGGGUUACUGGCCUCUCUUUCCCUCCCACUAUAUCCCACUAUAUUUUGCUUCCUGACAUGCACAGUUCCACCCUCCUCCAGCUCGCCACCUCACCCUGAUCCCUGGCAACUGAUGCCUGAAAUGGCUGUUUCACUCUACCUAAUGGUAGGGCAGGCACUGAGGAUGGCGAGACAGCAAUCUGACUCAUGAACCUACCUAAUCCAAAUGUAGCCAUGUAACUGGAGUGCACAAAGGAGAGCCAGAAAAUUGUAAGAAGGAGUAAUGGUAGAACUCCUCCUUCUCAUGUGCCUCAUGUGCACUCAUCAUCUUCCCAGUUCCCAUAUCAAUGUUAUAGAAACGGGGGUUCGCUUUUACAGCUGAAGUCCCACUCAAGGGGCUCAGAAUUCCCCAAGGUCUGUUCUCAGAAAAUUAAAAGGAGACAACAACCAAGUACUGUAAAGGUAAAGCAAGGUUGGCUGCUAAGCCUGAUCCUUAUUGAAUGGUUGGAACAGAGAUUCCCCCUCCCCCAACAGGAAGAAGAGCCGCAAACAACGUGAGUAGCAAGUUCUAAAACUUCAGAAAGUGUCCCAUCCUCUUUACAGAAAGACCACCCAGAAACGUAAUAGUAAUGUAAUAAAAAGGGGUUGUUCUGUGAAAUCGGGAGCAUGCAUGGAUUACAUGCUUUCCAACUUGUCUAUCAUGAUAUUUUAUAAAUUGCUUGUCUCACUCUGCCACUCAUACUUUGGACACAUUAACCAUUCCUGUAGAUAUUGCAACCAUCCCUGUCUCCUCCUCUUUCUUAGCCUAUUCUUCUUGCACUGACUCAGAUCUCUUCCCUUUUAUACACAAAAGACCUCCAUUUGGCAGGUUUCACCUUCUUCUGGCAAGUAUCAAACCUGCCAGUUGCCCAUCAGCAGUACAUUUAGGAGUUCCUCACUACAUAGGUGGCUGCUGGGGUCUGAUAUGGAACAAACUUGGCUCCUCCAUUCCCCUUUUGGCUCACUAUAACAUUUUGACAUGAGUAUCAUUCAUAAAACACAUUAUUCGUUCGUAAAAACAUCUUAUUUUCUAAGAGGAAGGUUAUAAAUUGAUUCUUUCUGGGUGGCAUGUGCAUUCCAUUUACAGCAGAUACUCUUCCUGGUUGAUGCUUGAUGGAAGGUGCUGACAGCUCAACAACGGAGUGUUAAUUAUGUAUCUGCACCGUUCUGCAAGGUGCCUGCUGUUGCAAAGAAGAAGCUAGCAAGGAGGGCAAAGGCACAGGUUCCUAAGGAAAAACGUGUUUUUUAAAAAGAGUAGCAUCUUGGUGGCCAUGCUUGUGAACUCCUGUUACCUUGGAACAGUUCCUGUGACAUUAGUACAAUAAUGCUUCCAACUUUGCUAGAAGGCACCUAGGUAUUCCACUUACCUGAAACAGGAAAUUUCCACCAUGCUUGGACCUUACCAGAGUUCCACUUUUGUGCUGUCCUGGUCUAUUUCUUGCAGUUGUACAUAGGAGGGUGUCUCCAGACUGUGUCUCUUGUGGGAGGGAUUCAAAUUGUGCAAUUAAAGUAGAUAAAAGUGCUCUGCCGUCCUUGUCCUGAAGGCAUCAAUAAUGAUGCGAGUGGGGGAAUUAACUCUCAAGGAUGCACAGACAUAAAGUGGCUACAAUAUUUGCCCAAUGCAUUUUGAACACAUUUAUUCGGCGUCCCUGCAUGUAAGAACAAUGAACAUACCUUAUUGAAACAUUUAAACAAUAUGCAAAUAUUGUUGAAACUAAUAUUAUUAAAGCAGACCCUUUGUAAAUAUAUGCCGGUUGGCUACAUUCUUCCAAAUAUCAGAGGCACUAUGCCGCUCACUGAGGAGAGUGUUGUGUGCUCGGGCCUCGCUUGCACAACGCUCUCCUCAGCGACUGGUGUUCAGUGAAAGAAAACUAAGCCUCCCUUGACUGGGCCAAGGCCCACCUCAUCUAUCAUUCGUUUUCCAGAGUUCAGUCAAAUGCCUUUACAAAGGCUUUACUUGGCCAGAUAACAACAUUACAGUGGUACCUCGGGUUAAGUACUUAAUUCGUUCCGGAGGUCCGUACUUAAACUGAAACUGUUCUUAACCUGAAGCACCACUUUAGCUAAUGGGGCCUCCCGCUGCCACUGCUCCACCGCUGCACAAUUUCUGUUCUCAUCCUGAAGCAAAGUUCUUAACCCGAGGUAAUAUUUCUGGGUUGGCAGGGUAUGUAACCUGAAGCAUAUGUAACCUGAAGCAUAUGUAACCUGAGGUACCACUGUAUAACAUUGAGAGUAGUGAGGAUUUUGAAGGACGCUUGGUUUUCAAUUCUUAUAUUGCUUUUAAAAAGUGCAAAUUAGGUAAAUUUGCCUUUAAAUGAGAAACUGGAUCAAAUUUCUUCCCCAUCCCUACUCAUCACUGACCCUUUGGGUCUUCUGAUUCAACAUACAGUGGUACCUCGGGUUACAAACUUAAUUCGUUCUGGAUGUCUGUUCUUAACCCGAAACCGUUCUUAACCUGAGGCACGCUUUCGCUAAUGGGGCCUCCCGCUGGCGCGCAAUUUCCAUUCUCAUCCUGGAGCAAAGUUCGCAACCCGAGGUACUACUUCCGGGUUAGCGGAGUUUGUAACCCGAAGUGUUUGUAACCUGAAGCGUUUGUAACCCGAGGUACCACUGUAUAAUGAUAACAGCAAAGCAUAUUCCCAUUAUUUUUCUCCUCCUACAACAUGAUGGGAGUCUGAGGAGCUACCAGGUGUGGCAUGAGAUUUUAUGCCAGCAGCACCUUUUAGGUGUCGUAAUGGCAGACCUUCCAAAUGUCCCUGUUUUUCAGGGACAGUCCUGGAUUUACAGAAGCUGUUUCUGUUUCUGAUUUGAUCCCAGAAUGUUCUGCUUUUUCUUAGGAUGUCCCUAUUUUCAUCAGAGGGUAUGGAGUUAUGCAACCCCCAGCCCAAGGAGAUAAGUAACUAUACAACCUUUAUAAGGCAUCUGAAGGGACCCUAGUAUAGGGAAGCUUUUUUAGAAUGCUUAAUGUUUUUUUAAAUGUUUUUGUAUAUGUUGGAAGCUGCCCAGAGUGGCUGGGGCAACCCAGUCAGAUGAGCUGGACAUAAGUUGUUGUUGAUGAUGAUGGUGAAUAGGACGUCCCUAUUUUCAUCAGAGAAAUGUUGGAGGGUAUGUAAUGGUGCCAUAGGGAAGGAGCUGCCUUUUCCCAGUUCAGAUUAUCUGCCCAUGUAGUCCGAUCUUGUUUACUCUCUCAGGCUGGGCAGAGUAAACAAGGUUAUUCACUACUCUUUGGCUGAUCUGUGGCUUUGUUUAAGCAAACGAUGCUUGUUUAUCUUGGAUGGGCCUCAUGGCCUUAGAUAGCUUCAACUCAGCCAGAGCAAUGGAAGGGAAAUAUAUGCUUGGAACAUGUCUUAAUUUAUGUAUUUUUAUAUUUCCCACACCUUCAACACUGAUCUUCCCAGGGCAGCUAACUGAAUAGGGAAAAAAUGAAUGUCUAAUUUAAAAGUAGUAGUAGUAGUAGUAGUAGUAGUAGUAGUAGUAGUAGUAGAGCAUAGAAUGAAUACAGGAAAUUAAAAUCACAAACUGAAGCAGGAACAGCCUAUGGUAAUAGAUAGAAAAAAUAUUUACAGGAGCAGGUCCUAAAGGGCUGGAGAAACUGGUUGUUUCAUGACUGGAUUACUGCAGUGAGCUCUAUGUCGGUCUUCUGUCACAUUUGGUCUGGAAGUUGCAGUUAGUUCAGAAUGCAGCAGAACAACAGGAGGCCUUGUCAGAUUAUAACACCUGUGCUCUGCAACAGGUUACUGAUUUUCAGUGGGGUCAAGUUCAGGGUGUUGCUAUUAGCAUAUAAAGCCAUUGACAACUUGGGAUCAGUUUACCACUCAACCAGUUCUAUCGGUGGAACUGGCACAACUAAAGCUGCCACACAAUACCCAUUCUGCAUUUGUAAGAAUUUGAUUGUUUAGUACGGCAGCACAUGCACUUUAGAGCUCCCUUCCUAUUUACAUCAAGCAGGAGCCUUCGCUGUGGUCUUUUCAGAGCCUGCUAAAACUAAAUCAAUUAUGUUUUAGACAAGCCUACCCAGAAGCUUAGAAAGCAGAGGUGGUUUUAAUCUGUUUUAGUGUAUUAACUUUUGUAUGUUUUAAAGUAGGGUUGUGAUGUUUUCCUUGAUUUCAAUUGCUUAAAUUUUUUGUAAAUCACUUUGAGUUUUAUGUUGUUGGUUUUCUUACAGUCAAGCAGUGUAUCCAUUUUAUGAAAUAAAUAAAAAUAAAUAAAUAAAACAC